CCCGUGACGUUGCUAUCAACCUCAGCAGCUCGUCCGACUUACCAGUGACUUCAGAAGGCCCCGUGUGUGUUUUUAAACGAUGCUAGUAGGAGUCGCGCAUAAACACCCACAUUUUUAUCAGUAUUAAUCACUUGCGCGUCAGGAUGAUUAUAGAUAAUGUUGACGCUCUGAAAUCCUGGCUGGCUAAACUUCUUGAACCCAUAUGUGAUGCUGACCCAUCUGCAUUGGCGAAUUACGUUGUGGCGUUAGUAAAGAAGGAUAAACCCGAGAAAGAACUGAGAGCAUUGUGUGCAGAUCAGUUGGAUGUUUUCCUUCAGAAAGAAACUACAGGGUUUGUGGAUAAACUCUUUGAAUGUCUAACCACCAAAAAUUAUUUGGGACCUCCAGCUGUUAAAGAAGAGGUCAAAAUUCCAGUACAGAAGCUUGAGGAGAAAGAAGAGACUGCUCAUGUUGAAGAUGAUCGGGAGAACAGGAGAAGAAGAAGCCCAUUGAGGAAUCGUUCAGACUUCAACGAAUCAAGGGCUAGAGACGACCGCAGGAGAGAUGACCGUAAGCGUAGAGAAGUGGACCGCCACUUGAAAAGUGGAGAAUCAUACCGAGACCGACAUGAGCGGCGAGGAGGAAGCUCACGGGGGAGAAGCUACAGUCGCAGCAGGAGUCGUAGCCGCAGUGGUAGCCGUGGAAAGAGCCGAGAAAGAGAGCACAAUCAGAGGAGAGCAGAGCACAGAUCCAAAUUUGAGCAGGAGCGAAAGGAAGCAGAGCCUUACAACCCAUCUUCAGCCCAUAUGAGUAACCCACACCACCAGCAGACCCAUCCACCCCCCUUGCUCCCUCUGCCCCUUCCUCAGCACCAGUUUCCCUCUUCGGGGAGCCCCGCCGUCCCUAAAGCUGCAACCGUGGUAGCACCAGUUCACCUGCCUGACAGCACUACAGAGAGCUGGUCCGCAUACUUCACCAACCAUUCAGACGGCAAGACGUUCAACAAGAGCAACACACUAAAACACCGCUGCCGAGACUACGACGAGAAAGGAUUUUGUAUACGAGGGGAUCUCUGUCCUUUUGAUCAUGGCAAUGAUCCUCUGAUCGUGGAUGACGUUACACUUCCUACCAUGAUCCCUUUUCCACCCCCACCAGCCCUGCCAAGGAUGCCCAUGCCACCAAUGACAGAACCUCCUCCUGGCAUGCCCAUGCCUCUUCCACCUCAUGGACAGCCCCCGCCUCCAGGCAUUUACCCCAUGCCAGCUGGAGGCCCCCCUGCAAUACUGUCACGGCCCACUGGGGGCUUGCUGCCCACAGGACCUCCUCUAAUCCCAGCUACUGGGAUAGACACUCCACCCCACUCCAGAACCACCACCUCUUCCCCUUUGGCCCUUCCUGGAGUGGGACCACCUCCUAAUCCUCCUCCACCACUUCCUCCUUCCUCUUCUUCCUCCUCUUCUGCCUCUCUCCACCCUCAGUACACACUCUCUGAAUACAACUAUGACCCUGAGGCCUAUAACCCAGAGUCUCCAGGACUGACCGGACCUGGCAGAGCUCAGUACCGUCAUUUCAUCCCUCGCAUCCAGACACAGAGACCCAACCUUAUUGGACUCACCUCUGGUGAUGGACUAAACUCUCGAGCAGCUAACAUAGUGAUCCAGACAGAGCCAUCAGUCACGAGUGUAUCAAACAGUGAGAUGAGGUUCAACUCUGAGCAGGAGAACAGGAAGAGAUGUCUACCGUCUACAGAUGGACCACAGGUCAAAAAACCCUGGAUGGACAAGCCAAAUUUUAAUAACCAGCAUAAACCCACAUUUCCGAAAAAGCACUAUUAUGUCAACACCAAACUAGAAGUUCGCAGAAUCCCUCGUGAGCUGAACAACAUCACCAAACUCAACGAGCACUUCAGCAAGUUUGGCACAAUAGUCAAUAUUCAGGUGGUGUUUGGUGGCGAUCCCGAGGCAGCAUUAAUCCAAUAUACAGCCAAUGAUGAGGCUAGGAGAGCUAUCUCCAGUACUGAAGCCGUUCUCAAUAACCGCUUCAUCAGAGUUUACUGGCAUAGAGAACCCACAGCCAACACACAGGAGCAGGGACCCAGUCAGAGCACAAACCCUGGACAACAACAUCCCCCAACACACAAGGUGAUUAACAAGCAGCACCCUGCAGCAUCUUACGUACUGAAUAAGACCAUCCCAAAACACCAUGCUGCCACAGGAACCGCAGGCAUCACGGGCAGCACUGAACCAACCAGUCCAAGCCAAGAACCCUCAGUGGGACUGACACCACCUUCAAGUUUAGUGAAAGGUCCGUUCUCUCGCACCGUGUUGAAAGCUGCAUCAAAAUCAUUAGGAAAGACUGGGAAAGCACUGGAAGCUCAAGAGGCUCUGAAAAAGAAGCAGGAGGCGCUGAAACUGCAGCAAGACAUGAGAAAGAAGAAACAAGAAAUGCUUGAAAAACAGAUUGAAUGUCAGAAGGUCCUGAUAAACCGCCUGGAGAAAAACAGAGGAAUGAAGCCAGAGGAGAGGGCCAACAUCAUGAAGACUCUCAAAGAACUGACAGAAAAGAUUUCUCAGCUGAAGAACGAGAUCAGCCCGACCGCACAAGCUACUGCCAACACAACACAAUCAAAGUCAAAAACAGACGCACAGAAAGAAUUGCUUGACGCCGAGUUGGACUUCCAUAAGAAGCUGACAUCAGGUGAAGAUACCACUGACCUGAAGAGGAGGUUGGGACAGUUGCAGGUGGAGGCAACACGGUUGGGACUGAUACCAGCUGGGCGUGGCAAACCAUCACUGGCACCAACCCGAGGCAGAGGGAGGGGCAGAGGGCGGAACCUCAGAGGGCGUGGAGGAGCCAAUCACAUGGUGGUAGACCACCGGCCCCGAGCACUCUCCAUUAUUGGCUUCACUCAGGAGGAGAAGGAAGAACUCAUGCCGCAUUUUGUGAAAUUUGGUGAAAUCGAAGAGCUUCGUGAACAUGAUGCUUCCAGUGUCGUGAUGACCUUCAAAACCCGCAGUGAUGCAGAAAACGCUGCAAACCAAGGAGCCAAGUUUAAGGGUCGAAUUCUACAAAUCUCGUGGUACAAACCUAAAACCCCCUCCGUGUCCACAGAACCAGAAGAGGAAGAGUCAAAGGAAGAGGUCAACGCUGCAGGAAUCCAUGUUAUGACGGAGCCAGUCAGCCCCUUUCUGCUCCCAGAGGAAGAGGAAGAAGACGAUGAUGAAGACGAUGAAUACGAGAGCCGCUCAUGGAGGCGAUGAGGAUGGGGAAGCGGCGCCACUUUUUGUUGGAGGACUAUUAUUUUAAUGAUUUUUUUUGUUUGUAAUUUAAGUCCAUUUGAAUGAGACGAAUAGUUUUUUUUUCUAAAUGAGGGUUUUCAGUAUUUUGAGAGCUGGAGAAAUGAGAAGGGCAAGGAGCGUCCUCUGUCCAGGAGAACAUACGAGGAUGUGAGACGACCUGCAGUGUUUCUGUCUCUCUGAAAUUCUGCAUUAUAUAUAUCAAACUCUCACUUUUGCUGAGAGCGAGCGCGAAAUGUUUCGACCGCGAGGCGUUUUGUUUCACUGUGCAUGAGCAGAUGUCAGUAACUCACAACAUUUGUGACUACUGUGAAUUUCUUUUUAAUCACUAAAUCCUUUCACCCGUUUCCCACCACGAAGCUUCAUCUGCACUUUGUGCCACUUUGGCCUUGGUAGAAAUUAUUUUGAUGGCAUCAUUCCCAUUAAAGGCAUCUCUUUCCUUUAUGAAGAAAUGAAAUGCCCUCAUGAUGUCAAACCCCUUCAAAUCUUUUGUAUCUGAUUUCCAAAAAUGACCCAAUAUAUAUGUAUAUAUCCCUUGAA